AUGAAGCAUCUUAAUCAUGAUUUCAGUUGGCGUACAAUCUGCCGUCGAUGGACUUCUCCAACACAAGAAUCGGAUAAUAUACUUGAAACGAUUGAUAAUCAUCAAGCGAAAAUUUCUUCUGAACCAGUGUUGAAGGAUACAUUCGAGUUGUUAUCAACCAAUGUUAUAAAUGUCGACAAGAAACCUUUAGAAUUUUUAGAAAAUCAAGAAAAACAACACUCAGAUUCGAUAUUAGAAUCUGCUAUAUCUCCAGCAGCUGAAAUUCAUGCUUCUUGUUAUCAUCAGAAAAUAUCUAAUGAAUUAUGA